AUGGCGACCGGUCUUGCCGUUUUGCUGGUCGGCGCGGCAGCGCUGCCUUACCCGAUUCCAGUGGCCAAGCGAGUCAUCCGCGCAAUGGAUGACGUGAUAGCAAACCACGUGGCUGUGUACGACUGGGACGCGUGGAGUGCCAUCAUGAAGGAUUACUGGACUGAGGACUUUGUGUAUGACACGGUGCACGGCAUCGGCAACUUCACAGGCCUCCGCGACUGGUUCGACGGAGAGCACGUUCCCUUCAACAUCGCGUUCGACCAGGUCUACUUCAACCAGCUCAUUUUCCUCGCCGAGAACGCGACCGCCUCCACCACGACGUACGCCAAAGGCCGCUGGUAUGGCCCGCUGGCCGGGAUGCCGCCAACCAACGACACCGCCUUCAUCCGCAUCUGCGAUUUCUACCGGCUCAAGGGCGACAAGAUCGCGUACAACUGGAUGAUGCUGGACCUUCCCGACCUGCUCCGCCAAGCGGGCCGCCGCGUGCUGCCGGUGGCACCUGUUCGUGACGACGGCUGGUUCGCUCCUCCGGUGGGGAUCGACGGCAUCCCGGCGCCAUACUCGCCGCUCACGCCUCCCGCCUCGGCGGAGCUGAGCCGCGACGUGCACAUGCGCUUCUACGGCCCGUCGGGCGUCGGCUUUUCGAGCGGGCGCGGCGAGUACCGCGAGCACUUCAUCGGCGUGCUGCGCCGCGGCUUCUCCGGCCGCACCUUCGAGCUCGAUGUCCUCUCCUGCGAGGGUGCGUACUGCGCCGCGCACGGCCACCUGCACGCCACGCACAGCGGCUGCUUCCUCGGCGAGGCGGCGACCGGCUCGCGUGUGAGGCUGCGCGUGGGCCUGCACUGGCACGUGGUGGGGGGCAUUGCCACGGAGGGCUACGCCAUGUUCGACACGCCCGCCCUCUUCGCUCAGCUCGGAAUCGACCUGCUCGUUCGCACGGUGGUCCCGCCGCCGUGCGGGCCUAUCGACGAGCCUCCGCUUGCCGCCACGGGCGAGGGUACAGAGGGCGCAGCGGGCUCCCCGCCAACGCCGUCGGACCAGUCGCUACCGUGGAGCAACGAUUGCCUCCUGGGCGGGGACGAGGCGCUGCAGCCGCCGACCAAGGACGCGCCCGCCACCUUCCUCGAGCACUGCGCCGAGUGGGUCGUCCGCACGACCGACGCCGUGUGGCGGCCCGGCCUCGGCGCGGCGCGCGUCAACGCGUCGCUCGAGGAGUACUUUUACGAGGGCUGGUCGAGCGUCUCCGCCUUUGGCAAGGAGUACCGCGGGAUGGAGGCGCUCAAGGAGCUC